AUGGCUUUCAACAGCCACCACCGGCGGGCGCGCGGAGAUGAGACAAAGCGGGAUGCGCAAGGAUACCAGGAGGAACGGAAACGACGGAUAGGUUUGUUGUAUAUCGAAACCAGCUCGAUAGCAUACAAUAAAAGGUGUAAAGAGAAUACAGGGAUAAAGAAGCUCCCAGGGCGCACUGACGAUCUAGAGUUUAGCUGGGACACAGGUAGACUACUGCAGUCACCAACAUGGCAUAACCAGCGAGGAGAUGAGGUUGGCAACCAGAUGACGCAGGCAGCCCAACCCAACGACCCAAAGGGGUGA